AUGCGGCAGGUCACUCAAACAGUGGCCAUCGUAGGCCUGUUCCUGCUAACUUUUUCCAAAUCUGCAAAAUUGAAUAACCACUCAGAAGAAUCGAAAGAGAUUGGAAGGAUUGAAAGUAACAUCGAAGCGUCAAUGGGAAAUAUGGAAAAACAUUUUGAAGAGGGCAACGGCAUUGAUGGAGAGCAAUCCAGAGUUAUCUCUAAGGCUUUCGUAAAACUUGGAGAUUUUAUAAAGAAAAAGACCGAGCAUAAUAGAAAAUCAAACUCACAAUGGAUUCUUCUUACAUAUAAAUACAGUUUAACGAUGACAGCCCUUUUGUUAAUAUACUUUUGCCUUUUACUCUUAAUUUCCAAACACAUCCAGGGAAAGUCGAGUUCAGAGGAGAACAAUAGUUUCAACAUCAAAACCGGCGGCAAUGCCCACGUUAGAUUUUCAUACGAACUACCUAAAGGAAGAAGACACUCGACUUUUACUGGCAAGAAAAAAAAGGAUGCCGAAUAUUUCCUAAAUUUUGUAUUUAACAACUACCGAAAUCCCAAAAAGUCUCUGGACCGGAAAACCCUCUCGAAAAAAGUGAAAAUGCGCCGAACUCGAACCCGAUUACUGCCCAAUGGAAUGCCCAAUCCUUAUAAGUACUUUCCGCUCAAAGGCGAAGAUAUGUAGACAUAAAACCUACUAUCUGUUGAUUUGUUUACUUACACAAUGAACCCAAAAUGUUUACUCACUGAUAAUAAAAAUAACUUUUUACUGCUUAUUCAUU